CGAAACGCAUCUGCCGUACGGUGUGAGGCGAACAGGACGGAAACCUUUUGUGCUGAACCUGGGAACAAUCCGAAAGUUACGUCCUGAAUAGCGAUUUUAAUUCACGGCUGCAAGAUGUGCACUCCAUGCUGUGUCUCCCAGCUGGAAUGCUGUUGUGGUUCGGCCGCCUGCUCUCUGUGCUGCAGCUGCUGUCCCAAGAUCCGCCAGUCCACAGGCACCCGCUUCCUGUACGCCCUGUUCUUUCUGCUGGUCACCGUAAUCUGCGUGGUCAUGAUGUCGCCCACCGUAGAGAAGGAGAUGAGGGAUAACAUCCCAUUCUACACUGAGCUGUGUGAGAAGCUCAAGGCGGGAGAGAACUGCAAGAGUCUGGUGGGGUACUCUGCAGUCUACAAGGUCUGCUUCGGCAUGGCCUGCUUCUUCUUCAUCUUUUCCGUGUUCACCUUCCGGGUUCACACCAGCAAGGGUUGCCGGGCUGCCAUUCACAACGGUUUCUGGUUCUGGAAGUUCCUGGUCCUGCUCGGUUGCUGUGCGGGGGGAUUCUUCUUGCCCAAUCAGGACACCUUCCUUGAAGUGUGGCGUUACAUAGGAGCAGGUGGAGGAUUCAUCUUCCUCCUCAUCCAGUUGCUGCUGCUGGUGGAGUUCGCCCACAGGUGGAACAAAAACUGGACAUCGGGAAUUAAGUACAACAAGCUGUGGUACGCAGCCCUGGUCUUGGUCACUCUGGUACUCUUUUCCGUUGCCGUGGGAGCCAUGGUCUUCAUGUGUCUGUUCUACACCCACCCUGAGGCCUGCACCCUCAACAAGGUCUUUUUGGGAAUCAAUGGCAGCCUCUGUGUGCUGGUGUCUUUCCUGGCAAUCUCUCCCUGCAUCCAAAAGCUCCAGCCUACAUCUGGCCUCCUUCAGUCUGGCGUCAUUAGUGUGUACGCCAUGUACCUCACCUUCUCUGCACUCUCUAGCAAGCCCAUUGAAACCUUGGAGAUGGACGGUGCCAAUAUCACAGUGUGCGUCUUCCCCUUUAACUCUGGCUCCGAGAACGACAACAAGAUAGUGACGGGCGUGGGCACGGUCAUCUUAUUUGGCUGUGUGCUGUACUCCUGUUUGACCUCCACCACUAGAAGGAGCUCUGCAGCAUUGCGAGUGUACAGGAUUGCCAUGCCAGAGAAUGAGAGAGCCCGCUGUUGUUUCUGCUUUGGAGAUGAUGGAGAUGACUAUGAAGAAGAAGAGAGGACCGGUGGAGGGCAGUAUGUGCUGUACGACGAACAGGACGGGACAGUUUACAGCUACUCAUACUUCCACUUUGUCUUCUUCCUUGGGUCUCUCUACGUCAUGAUGACUGUCACCAACUGGUUCCAUUACGACAACGCGAAGAUCGAGAAGUUCCUCGACGGCAGCUGGUCCGUGUUCUGGAUUAAGAUGGCCUCCUGCUGGGUGUGUCUGCUGCUCUACUUCUGGACCUUGGUGGCUCCCUUGGUCUGUCCAAGGAGGUUUGAAGCCUGACGCUUAACUGCAGACACCCUGGCCUUUCUAUGAAAACAGUUUAUUUUUUACGUUUUUCUAUCAUAUUUUAUUCUUUUUUUAUGAUUUUAUUUUUACGAGUAAACUUGGAUGAGCAUUUGUCACCUUUUUCAUUUUUUUACUGGAAUCUGUUACAUACACGGCUUACGAUGUUAGUUUCCGUGGCGAGCUGUAGACUUUGCGCUGUCAGCUAUUGUUUGUAUAUAAGGUAGGAAAAUGAAGAGGUUGCUCAGGCUUCCUUUUCUUUUGUUUGUCUGUUGACUGUCAAAUAGCAUUUUUUUUCCACUUCAUAUUCUAUGCAACCGCAUAGUGUAUUGAAGUCUGGUAUAUGGGCUUUAUGGGACGUGUGUGGUCUGAUUUUCCAUUAUGACACACUGAAAAUGGUUUUUGUAGUGACUGUACAGGUACAUUUUAUACAUUGUUUCCAAAUAAACUGGCCACCAAUGAAAAUGGGGCCAGCUUGUACACUUUAUCACUGCAGGUGAACAGCCAUUAUUUCAUACCAUUCAGUUGCUCUUUCACUCGACUCACUGUGGUAUAAAUGAACCUCUGUGUUGUCUCAGGACUUGUUUAAUGAUGACCUGACUACAAUUGUUCUUCCAAGGAAAUUAUCACAUAUACAUAGAAAAACUGAGGAUUAUUAAGCCUAUUUAAUCUGUUAUUUGUGUUAAAAGAACAAUUUCAGGCGUUUCUGUGAAAAGUAAAGAACAACUACAAGUUGCAACAACAACAAAUUAACAAACUUUAUGAUUAUCUAUGUCCUAGAACAAGAGCGGCCUAUGUAGUUUUUUGUAGUUGUUUUUAGGUAGCAAGUCACUUAAAGGGGUUGUGAAGCAACUGAGGUGUGUGUUACAAUUUAUAUUAUCAUGUUUACUCUAUUAAGGACUGGAAUUACCAAUAAUUGUACGCAUCCUUAGCUGCAACCUAAUUUUCCUUAAUGAAUGGGAGAAUUUUGUUCAUCCACAGAGCUAAUGCUGAUGAAUAUAUUCAAACAAUGAUUUAGGCUUUUAUUAUUUAUGUUGUUUCCCAUCUUUAUUCAUUUUGGAUUUUUAGUAUUUAUAAAUUGGUGGCCCUGGAGAGUGUGCGUGACAUUAACUAUGUUGUAAAUAUUGAAUUCCUAAUUCCUUCCUAAUUGAUUGCUGGUUCAGUGCUCCUUAUUAAUCAAUUGCAGCAUCUCCUGCAGUGCAGGGUACAGUUACAGUUUGUGGAAUGAAAGGAUUGAGGGCUCUCACUGUUCAUGAUCACAUAUUUUACUUUAAUGCACAGGAUUUUCCUUAUUGGUGAUCAUUGCUCAGGUUUUCAGAAUGUGAUUGUAGCCUCAGUGGUAUGUGCAGUAAUACGCUGAAAAACAUCAAAACAGCUUAACAUUGAUAACUUUGUGUAGCACAGCAGUUUAUUUUCAGUCUUGGGGAGCCUUUUACCCUUUAAAAAAAUCUUUGUUACAUUGUUACUUUUUCUUUGGUUUUUAAGAAGAAUCUUACAUUAGCUUGGUUUAACCUAUUUUGUUCUGCAAACAUUUCAGUUUUUCACUAUAGCUUAGUUUAUAAAAAAAUAUAACCAUUUUGUUAAUACAAUCUGUGUAGCUGAAACCUGGUCAUUGCAAAGUAGUUCAUAAUUAACUGAAAAUAUAUUUAACUUCGAAGUUCAGAAAAGUGUGGGUAUCAUGCACUUUAAUCCGUUCUGUACUGUACACUUUAUAGCAUCAGCAUACAUGUUCAUUAAAGCAAACUGCCAUUUGUUUUUUUUAAAAAGUGCUCUAAUGAAAUACGCUGGCUGUCAUUUUUAACUCCACCUACACUUGAGAUUUGUACUUUUCUUUCUCUUGUAAUACCAGAUAUAUGUAAGGAAAACACUUUUUAUAUAUAAAAAAAACUUUUCACUACCAAACAACAAUGUUAAUAUAUAUCUUUUUUUUAAGUUAGUUGUCUUCAUAUUUUAAAUUGCAUUAAACAUUCCAGUACAGUCUGUAACUUUUACACAGUACAAAGUGUUGUAAUCAAAAGCUGAAUAUUAGUAAAUUUUAAAUUAAAUUAUUAUCCUUGCUUGCAGUUUUUUUAUCUUGGUUUUAGUGCAUAAGGAUUCGUUUGUUUUUCCAACAUAUAUCAGACAUAGCAGUUUAUUUGGAAAUAUUUAACAGUAUAACUUUAGGUGAAGACAUUUUUCUUUUUCCCGUAUGAUUUUUUAUUUUUUGUAUUUGGUGAAAUCUGAAGAAUAAAACCCAUAUUUAUUUAAUUUAUUGUUGCCGACUUCACAGAAUGGCGUGUUGGUUUGACCAGCAAACUGAAAAAUAAUAAUUUAACCUUUAGAAGAAAACCAAAUAUUGCUAUUAUAUAUAUCAUCAUACAAUUAUGAUCCUCAGCUGUGUAUUAUUAAAGUAUUACAAUUAUAUUAUUAAAUGUCAUUUUCAACAAUUAACAUGCCAUUCUUCAUUUCAUUUCUUUGCCUGUUGCUUUUAUGCAAAUUGAUUUAAUGUAGAAGGAAUGGUAAUAAAUUUGUGUGUGUUCUCUGGGAUUUGCACCUACAACCAUUGUGUUGUUCACACAUCGCCCUGCUUGUUGAGUUACUUUAUUUGUAACUGGUGUAAACUAGUACAGCAUACUAACAGGGGUACUUACUGGGACCCUAACCCACCCACUCUUAGUCAGGAGAUGUGCCUGUUUUGCUUUCUUUUAUUCUUUUCACUAUUUUCUUGCACCACUAUUGUAAAGGCUAGCAAUCAUUAACACAUGAAUGCCUUUAUAACACAUAACUGUGAAAAGGAUUCAUGAUGAUCUAUUAAUCUGUCUAUUAUUGCUACUGCAGUAUGUGUUUUGACUAAAUUGUGCUGGACGUUGUCAGAGGUAGACUGCGUGGAUGCAGAAAAGGGAGCAGGAAGCAUGUAGGAGUGUUUUUAGCUGGGGGGCAAACGGCACCGGCUUCUCAAGAAACUAACAUUUAAUAGGUGAUUUAUUAUUUUUUGUUUUUGUUUUUUUAAAUAUACCAACGUUUCACACUUUUUAAAAAAAUGUUGUAGUCUUUCAAUAAAACAUUUUUUAAACUGG